AUGUCUUAUCGUCCAUCAUCCGCUCGUCGUCAACAAACGAGUAUUAAUCCAAUUACAGGAGAAAAAAUUGACUAUAAUAAAAAAUCACAUUUUACAAAUGAUCAAACUGCACCAAUUAUUCCAUCGUUAGAUCUUACUGAUGUAUCUGAUAGUGACAGACAACCACCACCUUCUGCUAGGCAAUAUAAUGGAUCUGCAAGACCAUCAACGGCACAGGGUGGUGUUAGUGCUCGUGUAGGUUCAUAUCGACCAGAAAGUCGAGCUUACGGAAAUUUUGAUCAUCAACAAGCUAUUUAUACAAAUCGACAUGGAAAUGCACUACAAAAUACUCAAUAUGAUUUAAAUCCUGGUCGUGUACCUGCAAUGGAUAUUAAAGUUGUUUAUCCACCACAUCCAAUGUCGGCUCGUACUCAACGAGCUUUAUCAACUCGUUUACCUGAUUCAGUUCGUCCGGCAAUGAUAUUAGAUGGAAAAGUUGACUAUACUCCUCGACCAAAUUUACAUUCAUCAGUAAAUUCUGCUAUUGAUGAAUUUCAAUUAGCUUGGUUAGAAAGUGGAAAUCAUCAAGAUUCUUUAAAGAAAGUAGCUGCUGAAGAACAAAAUGAACAAAGAAAACAAGAAUUAAUGAAUGAACAAGUUUUAUCUGAUCAACUAUCACGAUAUGUAUUAAGUGACAUUGAGCAAGAAGAUGAUCGUCAUAAACCAUAUAUUAUGCAACAACAACCAAGAAGAAAUCUUGAUAGACGUAUGCAUGAUACAAGAGUUAAAACAAGUACAUCAUUAACUGAAAAUUUACUUAGUAAACGUAUUCGAUUCUCAUGUCGAAUUGUAACAAGAGAUGGAAAAGAUGCAUUGAGAGAAUUAUUUGGUUUUUACUUUAUGCUUGAUAGAACAUUAGCAGUUUAUGAAUAUCGAAUAUUAGGCAAACGAUCAAAUGCAUUACCAUUAAUUCCUCGUGGUCAAUAUAUUCAUUUGUCAGGUUAUAAUCAAGGACAACCAUAUACUUUACUUGAUUUCUAUCACGGAGCUCGUAUUGAUUUUGAUACACGAUCAAUAAUGUCUCUACCUGAAACAGUUCGUCAUCGAACAAAAUUAACUAUUAGUAUUAUUUCAAUAAAUGAACAGGAAAAACAAACUUUAUUACUUGAUGGCAUACAAGAUCAAAAACGUCGAGAUAUUCUUUAUGCUAUAAAACAUCCAUAUAGUACCGAACAACUUGACUAUCAAAGAUAUCUAGCUGAUGUUCAUCAAUUAACUAAACCGCAAAUAAAACAACGAACAUUAAUUGUUUAUACAAGUUUAGCAGAAUAUUAUCGUAGACGAGCUAAUGUAACUCGUCAUGAAGAUAAAGAUCCAAUUUGUAUAUGUGAAAAAGAAGAUUUAUUAGCUGGAUUACAUGAAUAUAAAAUUCAUUUGAGUGCUGGUCAUUUUUCUUAUAUUUGGUCUCAUAUGUCAAUACAAGGCGAAUCAAAUGAAUUUCUUAAUCUACUUUUUGGUGAACUUAAUGAAAAACGUUUUGCUCAAGUGAUAAAAGCUUAUUCAAAAGUAGAUCCAUCUAAAACAGGUUAUACAAAUAUUGAUACAAUAAAAAAAUUUGUAAAUUUAUAUGGUCAUCCAUAUGCAAUUCAUAAUCGUUUAUCAGAUGAACAAUUAUGGACACGUUUCUGUGAUACAUUUCGUUUUGCUAUUGAUUAUCCACGUAUAUCAUAUUCAGAAUUUCUUAAUGUAUAUGAAGCACUUAGCAUUGCUGUUGAUCAGGAUGAUGAUUUUAUUCAUUUAAUCAAUAAUACAUGGCAUAUGUAG